AAGCUAAUAAGGCAUCCAUCUUGUUCACGGAAAGACAAGUGAUGAAGCAAGCAAUGGCUGCUACUUCACUUUCUUUCUCAUGCUCGCCAACUCUAACACGUACCACGCACUUCUUCACCAAAACUUUCCCACUUUCUCGCCCUUCCAUUCUCCCUCUCUCCAAAUCCUUAAUCUCUCUCUCCUCCCCCCGCCGCCGCACCUUCGCCGUCCGCGCCGACUCUCAAAACGGCGCCGACCCCGCCCGCCACUACGACUUCGACCUCUUCGCCAUCGGCGCCGGCAGCGGUGGUGUCCGAGCCGCUCGCUUCGCUGCAAUCAAUUACGGCGCUUCUGUGGCUGUCUGUGAGCUCCCUUUCUCCACCAUCUCCUCCGAUACCACCGGAGGUGUCGGCGGCACCUGUGUUAUACGUGGGUGUGUGCCAAAGAAGUUGCUUGUCUAUGCAUCAAAAUAUGCUCAUGAAUUUGAAGAAAGUAAUGGUUUUGGAUGGAGAUACGAGACGGAACCCCAGCAUGACUGGAGUACUUUGAUAGCUAAUAAAAAUGCGGAGUUGCAGCGUCUUACCGGAAUCUAUAAGAAUAUAUUGAACAAUGCUGGUGUCAAGCUGCUUGAAGGCCAUGGAAAGAUUAUAGAUCCUCACACGGUGCAAGUUGAUGGGAAGUUAUAUACUGCCAAAAAUAUUUUAGUUUCUGUUGGAGGCCGCCCCUUCAUUCCUGAUUUACCUGGAAAAGAGUAUGUCAUAGAUUCAGAUGCGGCCCUUGAUUUACCAUCAAAACCGGAGAAGAUAGCUAUUGUUGGUGGUGGUUAUAUUGCCUUGGAGUUUGCUGGCAUCUUUCAUGGUUUGAAAAGUGAGGUUCAUGUAUUUAUAAGGCAAAAGCAGGUUUUACGGGGAUUUGAUGAAGAGGUUAGAGAUUUUGUUGCAGAACAGAUGUCUCUAGGAGGUAUUGAAUUCCAUACUGAGGAAUCUCCCCAAGCUAUCACGAAGUCAGCUGAUGGUUCGUUAACUUUAAAGACCAACAAAGGUACAGUGGAAGGUUUCUCGCAUAUUAUGUUUGCUACAGGACGGAGACCUAACACUAAGAACUUAGGGCUGGAGUCUGUUGGUGUGAAAAUUGCUAAAGAUGGAGCAAUAGAGGUUGAUGAAUACUCUCAAACAUCAGUUCCUUCAAUUUGGGCAAUUGGAGACGUUACAAACAGGGUGAACCUCACUCCAGUUGCUUUGAUGGAGGGCGUGGCAUUAACAAAAACGUUGUUUCAGAAUGAGCCAACAAAACCUGAUUAUAGAGCUAUUCCUUCUGCUGUGUUUUCCCAACCACCAAUUGGAGUAGUUGGUCUUACAGAGGAACAGGCAGUACAACAGUAUGGUGAUGUUGACAUCUUCACAGCAAAUUUUAGGCCGCUGAAGGCUACCCUCUCCGGGCUUCCAGACCGCGUUUUUAUGAAAUUAAUAGUCUCUGCAAAGACAAAUGAAGUUCUUGGUUUGCACAUGUGUGGAGAAGAUGCUGCUGAAAUUGCGCAGGGGUUUGCAGUUGCUAUCAAAGCUGGCUUGAAAAAGGCAGACUUUGAUUCUACAAUUGGCAUUCACCCAACUGCAGCUGAGGAAUUUGUCACCAUGAGGACUCCCACAAGGAAAAUUCGAAAGAGCCAACCUUCUGAGGGAAAGUCAGAUUCUGAAGUGAAAGCUGCGGCAGGGGUUUGACACGAUUACUUUGCUUCCAUUCUUUUACUUAAAGAAACCAGCUGGUGAGCCUUCAGGCAGGUUUGCUGUGUGACUGUUGUGAAAAUAUUAGGACGGAAUUAUGAAUGAUCUCCAUCAACUGAGCUUUCAGGACUAUACAUGAACUAUCAUCCCAUUGAGGUCGUCUGCAACGACUCUAGUUUUGCUUGUAAUUAUCUUUUAACAUUCCAGAACCUGGGAUUUUGGGAGCUAUAAUACGCCAUUUUUAAUUUAUCUUCCCUUUCUCCCCAGCCCUUCUAUGUACAAAAUUAAGAGGAAAUUUGCUGAGGAAAUUUGAUAUUAAAUAAUACAUUUGUAUCGAAUUUGAUGUUGUUGGAAUUAAGUCAGGUAAAAUGCCAGCUUAAUUGGCCCAAGUUGGAUCAA